AGGGAUAGAGGAGUAUCCGGCUACUGGAAUUUGAACUUGGAUCUCCACAAUGAGAACCUAAUGUUUUAACCAACUAAGCUCAACCCUUGGACAAUGAUUCUUUAUCAGUGAUGGGAGAUGGUUGGAAAUAGCAUGGAAGUGCCUAAUUAGUUUGAAAUCUCGUAGCUUUGUGAUAUCUUGUUAAUCCUUUGGAUGUCCGUGCUGAAUUAUAAUUAUGACUGAAAGAUGGAUUGCGUUUGGUUUAACUUUUUGAAUGAUCAUAGACCAAUGAAAUGCCGUAUUGAAAUUUGAAAAAUUAAUUAAUGGAGCUUGUUCGGGCAUCUGAAAAUUGACAGGAUACUGCACAUCAUCAAACUGUGGAAUUUCUAGGUCUCUGGUUGAGUUCACAGGCAAUGAAAUAGGAUAAACUGAAAGGCAAAGUUUCUUUUCUGGGUCAUGGCCAAGCCAGAUGAUAACUUAUGGGAAUUCACUAUAACACAGAAUGCUUCAUUGGAAUUUGCUAGUAGUUCUGCCUGCUCUGGAAAAAUGUAGCGUGACCGAGACUGACAAGUCAAAGAGAUGAGAUGGACUUGCAACUUUGUGAAACCUCUACAAAAUUGCAUCAAACUUGCAGAGUUGUAUUAUUUUGAAUUUUAUGAGAACAAAGUAGAUCCAAAUUGACACAUCUGAAAUCCAUCAUUUAGUCACAAACAUAGUUACAAUAACUGGAUUCAGCUUAGAUUGAGAAAGACCUAUGCAUUGAGUGAACUUGGAGAGGACAAUAGAAACUAGUAAAAUCUUGGUGAAAGAUUCAGCUACUCCAAACAAGGUCCCAGCUCGUGCGGCUGCAGCAGCAGCUGUUGCACGAGCACUGGCUGGUGUUCCUCCUCACCAAAGGCUAGCUCUUUCAUCAAAUUCUAGUGGCUUGGCUUCUCUAUAUGGUAGUGGGCCACGUGGUCAGACUGUGGAGCGACUUGAGGAACAAUUUUAUGAAGAGGAUUUUGACCCAGUUGGGUAUGUUUUGGAAAAUAUACCAAUAGAUGAAAAUGACCUAAGCCAUUUUGACAAAAAGGUUUCCCAGAGGUUAGUGCAAUUGGAUGUUGUUACGGAGCAGUUAUCUCAUAAAGUAAUGGAACACUACGAAGAAUUGGUGAAGGGGAUGGAGGUUGUCACAGAAGUUGAACAAGAUCUACAAGUAGCAAAUGUUAUUUGUAAGAAUGGCCGGAGGCAUCUAUCUUCUUCUAUGAAUGAGGUUUCGCGUGAUCUUAUAGUAACAUCAAAUGCAAAGAGGAAACAAUUUUUUCUGGAUAUGCUUCCUGUCUUGACACAACUACAACAUUGUUUAGAUUUACGGUCUUCACUAGAUAGCCAUGUGGAGGAAGGGAAUUACAGCAAAGCAUUUCAAAUCUUAGCAGAGUAUUUACAGUUAUUGGAUCAUUAUACAGAACUUUCUGCUGUGCAAGAGAUGAACCGUGGCAUAGAGGCCUGGCUGACGAGGACAUUAGAGAAACUUGAUACGUUACUGCUUGGAGUUUGUCAGAAGUUCAAUCCUGAGAACUACAUUAUGGUGGCUGAUGCCUAUGCAUUGAUUGAUGACAUUCCUGGGUUUGCGGAAAAGUUACAGAAUGUUUUUACACAGAUAGUGUUAAUGGAAACACAAAUGGUUCUGAAGGAUUUUGUAUUUCAGGGGUUGGAUUCUCGGACCAUUGAGAAGAAGAGCAGACUCACAUACAAUGAUCUCUGCUUUCAACUCCCAGAAACAAAGUUCAGGCUAUGCUUGCUUAAGACAUUGGAAGUGUUAUUUGAUGUGAUGUGUUCCUAUUAUUCAAUGAUGACGUGGCUAUUUCCUGAGAAGGAAAGAGGAGGUGAAUCCUUGCAAACAACAGUAGCUAACAAGGAAAAAGAAAGCAUGGUUAUAGGAGAAGGAAGUCCGCAUCACAUUCUAGCCGAAAGACACAGACGUAAUGGUAGCUUUGGAAACUUGCCUGGAGCCUUACGUGUACGUCACAAUCGCAAUUCAUCAGCCCCACUUAUGGAGUCACACUUAGGACAUUUUGGUGUAUGUACCAAUUCAGAUUCUGGGUCAAAACUGCCAUAUGAAGCACAUGAGGCUUCUUCUGAUGGACAAUUUCUGAGUGAGGAAAAUCACAAGUCAGUUGUACAAAUUGCAGAAAGAGGCACUGAUAAUCAAUACCAGGUGACUGAGGUUCCAUCAUCGGAAUCUCAGGCACUGGCUAAUGGAAAAGUUGAUAAUAAUAGUGCAACUUACAUGAACAGUGAUGUUUGGGAUGAUUUAAGAAGGGAAGCUGUGUGCUUUGUUGGUCAAGCACUGGACAGGGGUCGGAAAACCUUUUGGCAACUUGUGACAAGUCGUAUUUCAACGUUAUUUGCAUCUGAUGCAAUCUUUUCAGUUAGCACUCAUCAAUUUUUACAAUGUUACGAAUUUGUAAACAUAUUCAUCUUAGCUGGAGAAGCAUUUUGUGGUACAGAAGCUACUGAGUUUAGACAGAAGAUGCGAAGUUUAUGUGAAAAAUAUUUUUGGACAUUUCAUCGCCAGAAUAUUGAAGCACUGCUGGUCGUUUUGGAAAAAGAGAAUUGGCAGCAGAUCUCACCAGACACCAUAAAAACUGUAAAUUUAGCGGGCCUUGUUGGUGAUGGAGCCCCAUUGCUAAUUUCAUACCAUCAUGGAUCAUCUAAGAUAUCAGGGUUGGAUUCUGAUCAAAAUUCCCAAAUCGAUGAAAGUAAAAAGUUGCAUGCUGGAUUCAGUCAGUGGUUUAAAAGAGGAAACCCUUUUGGGAACAAGAAGUGUUCUACUGUGAGGGAUGAGGAUAGUAAUUUGCAUGAGGUUUCUAUGCAUGACAAACAGAGAGCAGGCAGUAUUAGUAAUGGCACCCUUGUAACAGAAGUCCCUGAAAAAAUGGGUUCACAAAAUGGUGUAAACAUUGAGAGAGGGGAGGAGGAGGAUGAAAGUGAAGAUCUUCUUGCAGAUUUUAUUGAUGAAGAUAGUCAACUUCCAAGUCGUACUUCUAAUGUAGCACUUGCACGGAUACCAUCUUCCAGAAAUUGGAUACAUGAAGAGAUUGAAGGUCUACCUGGAUCUUCUGUGUCCCUUUUAAGGUCAAUGGAUAAGUAUGCCAGGCUUAUGCAAAAGUUGGAAACAAUCAGUCUUGAAUUUUUCAAGGGUAUUUGUCAGCUUUUUGAGCUUUAUUUCUAUGUUAUCUUCAAGACUUUUGGUCAGCGUGAUGGUUCUGGAAGUAAUCGAGGUUCAAUGGAAUCCCUAAAUUCUCGACUGAGGUCAACCUUAGGGAAAAUUACACAAGGUUUGCAAGAACAGAGGAUCAAAAUACAUGCUGGACCUGUUUCUCCAGCCUCACCCAUUUCCUUCAAUAACUCAUUUUUCCAAAUGGAUGCUGCACUGUCAAGUCCCAUACAUACAUCCAAUGUGAUUGCACCAAGCAAUUUAUAUCGUCUGAAGGAAAGCUGUAUAGCUGCAGAGUCAAUUACUCGUAUUGGUCAAAUUCUACGCAGGUCAAGAACACAUCUCCAGUCGAUGCUUCCGCAGAGUGCUUUAGCAUCUCUUGAGGACUUCUAUUCCCACAUGGUGGAGUCUGUUUCUGAUCUUAAAGAGCACAUCUACAGAGCAACUGCUCGGUUGCUGCUAAAUAUCAGUGGGUAUGUGGAACGAAUUUCAAAUGUCAAAUGGGAAUUGAAAGAACUUGGAAUGGAGCACAAUGGAUAUGUUGAUCUGUUGCUUGGGGAAUUCAAGUAUUAUAAAACGAGGCUUGCUCAUGGGGGCAUUUCUAAAGAGGUGCAAGAAAUAUUCCUAGAGUAUGGAGUGGAAAUUAUUGUGGAAACUCUAGUUGAAGGGCUCUCUCGUGUUAAGAGAUGUACAAAUGAAGGAAGAGCAUUGAUGUCAUUGGAUCUUCAGGUUCUGAUUAAUGGACUACAACAUUUAGCUCCGGGGAAAAUCAAAUCAAAUAUGCAAAUUGUUGAAGCCUACAUAAAGGCAUAUUACCUUCCUGAGACGGAGUACAUACAUUGGGCAAGAGCUCAUCCAGAGUAUUCUAAAGGCCAAGUCAUAGGUCUCAUCAAUCUUGUUGCGAGCAUGAACAAUUGGAAAAGGAAGACGAGAGUGGAGUUGGUAGAAAAGAUUGAAACAGGCGACUUCUUAUUGUAAUAUUAUUUGUCAAUAGUUUGCAUUUGGCUCACAAAUCCGUGUCCAAAUCCUUAUGAUUUCGUGUACAUUUAGGGUGAAUAUUUGAUUAAGAUUUACUUUCAUGUAUAGCUGAAUUCCUGCACAGUAAGCAGGCACGGUGAUUUUCAGGUACAUCCGCGGUGCGGUGAGGUAGAGUUGUAAUCUGGGAAUGUUGUAAAUGUAAGCGGUGAAAGUGAAAAAUACUCUUCAUAGGAAAUAAUUUUGAGGUAGAUGUGCCUCUUUGUAUCAUGUCAAUGCAGUCACAACACUUCAUCUUCCAGUUCUCCAUUUAAUAUGCAUUGUAUCAUUUAUUUCAAUUCAUAA